GGCAAUGACUCAGUCCUGGAGAUCUUCACUGUGCUGUCAGAGGAGGAAGUGCAGAAGAAAAUGACCAAAAAGACGAAGAAAGCCAAAAAGAAGGCGGCAAAAGCUCAGGGGGAAGCAGCAGCAGCAGAGGAGGAGGAGGCAGCGGUGCCGUUGGUGGAGAGGACGCUGACGGACGAGAUCCUCAGACUGACCAAAAUCAAGGCGUCCGCCAAGAUCAGAUGGGUGGACUGCCUGUCCUGUGUGGGAGGCGAGCUGAAGGUGGCGCUGCUGCUGCAGAACAACACGGUGGAGACGUACAGCCUGAAGACUUCUGACAAGACGCCCACAGCCAAUAAGACGUCCCGCCUCACACUGGGCGGACACCGCACCGACGUCCGCACGCUGGCCUUCAGCUCCGACAACCUGGCCGUCCUCUCGGCCUCCGGGGACACCGUCAAAGUCUGGAACAGGUGAG